AUGAGAGCAUUCCAAGCCCUCUGCGUCGCUUUGACUGCGGUCGCAUGCCGAGCGCAAGUGACCACCUACGGCACUUCAGGAUAUUCUCUCGCAUCGGUUCCGACAGCCGUCCACACUUCGUACGCUCCCUCGGUGAUUUCCACCGCUCCAGCCAUCGCCGUGCACAGCCCAGCGGUCACUUUCGCUGCCGCUCCUGUCACCAAGGUGGCUAUCGCUGCCGCCCCCGUCGCAAGGGUUGCCGUCGCUGCCGCCCCCGUCGCAAGGGUUUCCGUUGCCGCCGCCGCCGCCCCCGCUCCUGCUGUUCGCACCCAUGAGAUUCAUACCACUUCCGGUCGCCAAGCCAUCCGUAUCGAGGAAGUUCAGGCCGGAGACCAAGUGAUCCGUGUGCACGAGGCCCCUCAGGCCGGACCCCAGAUCUCUCAAAUCCGUGUCCCCGGUGAACAACACCAUGUGCGUGUAGUGAACCACCAAUCCGGACCCGCUGAAGUUCAACGUGUCGUUCACCGUCAGCAAACCCAGAUAUUCGACGUUCAGAAGCCCGGACGAGCCGGAGCCCGUAUCGUCCAGGUUGUCAGGGAUGAAUCUCCAGCUCCUACAAUCGAGUUCGUGAACACAGGAGGAUCAAACCACCACGUCUACCACGCCAACGACGCUAGUAUCUCCCACUCGUCGACCCUGGCCGUUCACGCCGCUCCCGCCACCUUCCAUGUCGCUGCCGCGCCAACUGUGGCCAUCCAUUCCAGCCCUGUGCUCUCCGUAGCUCACCAUGCUCCCAUCACCCACAGCAUCGUGAGUGCUCCAUCGGCUGUUAUCAGCGGGGCCUCAUACGCGAAAGCCAUCGACAACACGAUCCUUCUCCACCAUAAGAGAGCUUGA